AUGUUGGUAGGUGGUCAAAGUGUAACGGAGUUCCUCUCGUCUGUAUUACCAGUACCUGGGAAUAGUCGUUUGGAGGAUGAGUCUCAGCGACCUCUAGUGACCCUCACAUUCGCUCAAUCUCUCGACGCGAAGAUAGCAGGCAAGGGGGGCAAACAGCUUAUUCUCAGCGGCAGAGAAAGCAUGCUCAUGACUCAUUGGAUGCGCACUAAGCAUGAUGCCAUCCUAGUUGGGAUCGGUACUGCACUAAAUGACGAUCCCCAGCUAAAUAGUCGCCAUAUACCUGAGGAUGAACGGCCAAGCCAUCUCCCCCGUCCUGUGAUACUCGACACAAACCUACGCCUUAGACCGGACUGCAAGCUGCUCAAAAAUUAUCGGGAAAGAAAAGGUCGUCGUCCAUGGGUAAUUUGCGAUGCUAAUUUGACCCCCGAUGACGGAAGAAAAUCCAUCCUCGAGGACGCUGGAGCAAGAGUGAUAGGUGUGCCCUCGGUGGACGGUGGGUCAUGUUUCAUUGUUAUCCCGGACCUCUUGAAGGUCCUUUACAACUUUGGAAUCAAGAGUCUCAUGGUCGAAGGAGGUGCAACUGUUAUCGGCUCUUUCUUGGCGGAAUGUGCACGCACCAAGCCUAAUACCAUUAUUGACACACUCAUCAUCACAAUUGCUCCGAUGCUGAUUGGUGACGAUGGUGUCGGUUACGGCGAGAAAUUAUUGGCUACGCAGAUCCCCUCCUUGAAGCAUAUCCAAACUGAGGUCAUGGGGCGAGAUGUUGUCAUUGUCAGUGCAUUAAAGUGA